GGAAGUUUUAUAACUGUAGUUAAAAUAUCGCGGGAGAAGGGGCGCAUUGUUGUUUUCGUCUUGCCAUCAGCAUGUGUGAAAAAAUGAGGAAGGUACAGACAUGGCUCAGUACAGCGAUGGGUGAGCAGCCAAUUCCACAGUUUGAAGUGAAUACUAGGACGGUGGAUAUACUUUACCAGUUGGCAGUGGCUAGUGAGGUGCGAUGCAAGGACACGAGUCUCCUUAUAGAUGAUUUCAAACAGAAAGGCUCAGAGUAUGAUGCAGAUAGCAUUCAUCUGCAAGAAGUACUUCUGCAAGGCGUUGGCCUGUCAUGUGGGGGCUUAUCAAAGCCUGCAGGGGACUAUAUGUCUGCUCUUGUGGAUAAUGCCAUGGUGCUCGGGGUUAGAGACACAUCACUGGGCAGCUUUGUUCCGGCGGUGAAUAAGCUGACAAAUGACGUUUUGGAAGCGGAGAAAUCAGACGAAAGACUUGACCAGGAGAUGAAGGCCCUUCGGAAGAAGUUGGGGGCCACUCUGGUUCUGCGGAAGAACUUACAAGAGGACAUCAACAAAACGGUGAAGGACCAGGCAGUGGGUGGGGCUCAGGCAGAGGAGAGGCUACUAAAUAUGGAUUUUGUUAAAACAAAGUCCAGAGAGCUCAUCAAUCGGAGAAAGAUAGCAGAGGAUCAGAUAUCCUCCAGGAACAUGAACAAGAAGUUUUCUCAUCAGGCAUUGAUGGAAAUAUUUGAGGAGGUCAACACUCUGAGACAUGAAAUAAUCCCUUUGACAAAGAAACUGGAGCCCUACCUGGACUUAAGCCCAAGUCCAUCUCUUGCUCAAGUGAAAGUGGAAGAAGCAAAAAGGGAAUUGGCUGCCAUUGAUGCUAAGCUUGAGGUCAACAUGGACUUCAUGCAAAAAUAAAUAUGGUAUUUUAUAUAAUAUAAAUAUUGUUGGUUAUCUUGCCUUAGCUUAAUUGAAGUGUCUUGUUAGUGAUUAAACUCACUGUUGACAACUUAUGUUUUACAUAAUAAAUAUGGGGAGGCGGCAUCAAAAAGAAUAAAAAAACUUCAGGCCAUUACUGCAGAAAGUACUGUUUGUCUCAUGUGGUGUGAGUUUAUUGGUUUGAACUACGAUUGUAGUUUGUCUGAAUGCAUGCACUGUACAAGGAUCAGUUGCCUGUACAACUUUUAAUUUGCUAAGGAGAAUGUGAGUAAAUCUUAGGCCUUUUUAACCACAGCCUUUAUAUUUUCUUAUUUUCUUUUUUGAUUAUUUAGAUGGCCAUCAUGAUACAAUCUGAUAAAAUAAAUGAUGUUGUUCAACGUCAUUUCUGGCUUGAUUAGGCUCACUUCGC